CAAUUUUUUUUUUGUGAAACGUCUCGCUCGCUCGCUCUCUUGCUUCCAUGUUUGUUCGGGGUAAUUUCGCAUUUCUGUGUUAGAUUUUCUAGUUUGUCGUGUAAAAAUUUGUGUUAAUAACAUUUUAAGUGUGUAAUUAAUGAUAUUGUCGGCAUCACGGCGACCUCGUGAGGAUUUCUCGCCCGAGGAAAGGUGCACAUCGGCGAUAUAAUAACAGGGAGGGACAUGGCUACAAACAGGAGCGGGGCGGCACAGCGGCCGAACGGCGCUCCGCAGACGAAGGUGUGCCAAUUCAAACUGGUGUUACUAGGGGAGUCAGCGGUGGGGAAAUCGUCGCUCGUACUGCGAUUCGUCAAAGGCCAGUUCCACGAGUACCAGGAGAGUACGAUUGGUGCUGCCUUCCUCACGCAGACGGUGUGCCUCGACGACAUCACUGUUAAAUUCGAGAUUUGGGAUACAGCGGGACAGGAGAGGUAUCACAGCUUAGCGCCGAUGUACUAUAGGGGCGCUCAGGCCGCCAUCGUCGUCUACGACAUCACUAAUCAGGACACAUUCGGACGCGCCAAGAACUGGGUGAAGGAGCUGCAGCGGCAGGCGUCGCCGUCGAUCGUGAUCGCGCUGGCGGGCAACAAGAGCGACCUGGCCGCCAAGCGCAUGGUCGAGUUCGAGGAGGCGCAGGCGUACGCGGACGAGAACGGGCUGCUCUUCAUGGAGACCAGCGCCAAGACCGCCAUGAACGUCAACGAUAUAUUCUUAGCUAUCGCGAACAAGUUACCAAAGAGCGAGAGCGGCGGCGGCGGCGGCGGCGGCGGCGCGGGCGCGGGCGCGCGGCGGCUCAACGACGGCGACGCGCCGCGCGCCUCCUCCUGCUGCAAGUGAUACGGCCGCGCGCAGAUAAGUUCGCUAGCAGGUGAGGGCGCAAGCGGGGGUUGAAACACGCAGCGCUGCCGCCGCCGCCGCCCCUUCCCCUCCCCCCGGCCCACGCACACGCCGAGACAGCUAGGAGGCCUAACGUGCACGUAACACUCACACCUUCUAGCUGAACACACACACACACCUAUGUUUUUGUCACGCGUGAACUGUAAUAUUACAUUCUCGAACGUAGACACCGGCCCGUGACUCGAGCACGACUUUCAACGGGACCUGUACCGAAGUACACCGAUGUUUUAAUUAUCUGUCGAAUUUUAUAAACGAUUGAAUUAAUAUUGUUAUUUCUGAUUAAUUACUUAGGAAUUGCUCUCAUGGCGAACUAAAAUGUUAAACGUGCAAUGAGAUGUUUAAAAGCUAAAAAAAAAAAAUGAUUUUGGUAUUUGAAUAAUUCCGAAGUAAAUUAUGAAGUAGGUGCAAAAUAUUUAAUUCAUUCUAUAAUUAAUGUAUUAGUUCGCUAUCAGAACACAUCAAGUAAUCAUUCGUAAAUAUUGAAAGAUUGUCAUUUGUUCUUAGAAAUUCACAGAUAAUUUGUGUAAACGCCACGUCGCGUGCCCGUUAAGGUUUACUUAUAAAAGCGUCCGUAGAGCAAUUGCGGACGUGCGAGGUCGUGUUCUAGUCGGUGGCCGCGUGCCGUGCGCCUGGCGGGGGUCGUGCCGGGCGGCAGUGCGGCGGCGGCGGCCGCGUUAUUAUAUUAUACAAAAGCUAAAUAUAAAAUGAUACAUAGAUUUAACCUAUUUGUAAUUCUAAUGAGAUGUAAUAAAGAUAUAUUUAAUUUCGUUUGUAUCAUGUUAUAGGCAGUCGGUUGCACUGUUCCCGCGUAGUUUAAGGGUUACUUAACCAGAAUCGGUCCUAGCCGUAUUGUGUCGUUACAAUAUUGAUAUAUAUGUUAUACCGUGGAUGCUAUAGUUGGAUGAGCUGGUAGCGUCGCUCGCGGACCUUGGAAAUUAUUAAAUAUGAAUUACACCAUACGAUAUAAUCGAAUUUAUGUUCGUUUAUAUUUCUUCUUACGUACGCGGGAAGUAAAAUAAGUAAAUUUAUAUAAAAAAGGUAGUUUAAAAAAAAAAAAACUCAAUUUGUCCAACUAAAGUAUGUUUUGUAUUUCACAUAGAAGCCUAAGCUUCAUUACUAUCAAAAUUAUGGUGAAGGUGCAUUUACAUUCGCGUUCAUAAUCACUUUAUUUUUUUUUUUAAUUUUUAUAACACAUUUAGUGCAGGUUGCGAGUACUAAAGUAACAAACGUGUCGAUCGUUGUAAAUUGUAUCUAGAAUGAAGUUGUGAAUGCGUUCCCAAACGUGAUUCCCGUGGACUGAAACAUAAAAUUGGCCUAAGAAACCACCAUAUGCAGCCUAGUUCAAAUUUUAUUAGAGAAAAAAAAACUAAUAUUUAAAAAUAGAACCCUAAUGUCGACGCCAUUAGGUCUAAAUAAUUUUAUUUUUAGUCCACGACAAUCGCUCGCGGAAUGAAAUCUUUUUAUGUAUCGCUGCUGCCCAUUUCCUUAAUAGCCGGUCGUUGUAUUGGAGCUGGACUCAUUCAAAUUGCCGUUAGUAACAAUAAACUGUAUUACAUUGUGCGCAAGGUUCAAUUUACACAUCGAAAUAACGAGUGGUAUAUUUCGCGAACACUGACGGGGUUUCAUCGCUUCCUUAAUCGUCAUUUAUUCACAAGCUCCUAGUAUAAUUUGUAUUUCACCCUCCUUCACAUUGUUUGGCCUGUGUGUACACAUUUCAGUAUUUUAAUUAAUAUGUACCUUAAAUUUUUAGUUUCUAUCUAUAUUGUAAUAUAUAAUUUUUUUAUAUAUAUAUAUUUUUAACUCUUGUAACAUUUUUAAUCAUAUAAAAUACAAUAUUCAAUUUAGAAACAUAAUAUCUACAUGUACUAAAGUAAUAGACAAUUAUCCGACAUACAUUAUUGUAUUGAAAUGUGUAGGGUUGAACAAUUUCUUAUUUAGUUCAUAUAAAUAAUGCAUAGUUAUUUAAAAUUAGAUUUACGUGUCUCAGUUUAGGUCGUUAUAGUUACUUUAAACACUAAUUAUUCGAUGGACAAACUGUUUCAAUUAUGUUACAAAAAAAAAAAGUAUAAUUUUAUAUAUAAAUAUAUAUAUUAAGUGUAUUUCAGUGAGUCUUGCUUUGAUAGUAGCUCUAUCUUUUCCAUGUUUGUAAAAUCGCAUUCCAGAUGGGAAAUAGCUCGUAUGACAUGUAGACAAUCAGCUCAGUAGACCGUGGUUUGACCUACAGUUUGAUUCUAAUCGCCGGAACACACUGUUUCGGUAUCUAUAUUAAAUAUUCACUCGCACACUCCGCUGCAAGCGUUCGUGUAACUCUUUUCCCGUAACUGAGGGUUGCCAGUUCUUAAUUGUGCAAAUAUAUUGAUGUUUGAUACAUGUGUCGAAAUAAAAUUUAAUUUUAAUUUAAUAAUUCUACCGGCUUUGGAUAAUAUCCAUUCAGCCAACGAAAUAAAGUAUUAUUGGUGGUUAGGUUUUGUUAAAAAAAUAAAUUGUAAUUUAUAUAUUAGUGGCAACCCUACCCGGGUCGGUUACAACGGCGUAGUGUGCGAGGCGCCAGUAUAAACAUCUUAAAAGAUAAUAUUUUUUUAAUGGCUUGCAUCGUAAUAUAAUUUGGUAGCAUUAUAUCUACUAGGGGAAUGAUUUUUUUAACCGAACUAAGGUGGAACGCGACAUCUAUGAGUGCAAACGAGCCCUCACUAUUUGCAAUCGCUACAAACUGCGUAAUAAUGUUUUGUGAUAUUAUGUCAAUCGAUGCCUGUGCUUUGAAACGAGCAAUAUUGUUAUUGCAUUUGGUAUACAGAUGUCCCAUUCAUAAUGUAGUGAGAUUUUAUUCACCAUUCGAGCUGCCGACAAGUGUACAGAACGCUCGUUUGAGACUGUUACGACUGUUGCUGGCGUGCGACUCGUAAGUUUUAUUUUACAUACAUAAUAUGUAUACAGUUUUUGGAAAAAUAUAUUUUUAAUUAUAUAUCAAACUGUUUGUUAGUUAUUAACUAAUCCAACAUCGGCAUCUAUGCCUCGUCCGUUUUAUUAUUUUCACGUUUUAAGUCUUGUAACAAUAUUAAGGUCUUGCAAUAACUUUUAUAAGUAAACAGUGACCUAAUUGAACAAGAUCAGCGGGUCUACCAUGAAAUGAAAUGCCGAACUUUCGGACUCAAUUUCGUGUUUUUGUUUAUACCAAAAUCGGACCAAUAAAUGGAGUUUAACAUUUCGUUCGUCAUACAUCCUAUCGUACAAGUCCAAAGGAACAAUAUUUUAACAUUUUUAAUAUUUCCAAACGGCAUGUAUUAUGUAAUUUUAACAUCAAAUUUCUGUUUCGUUUGGCUCCGAAAUUUCGGAAAACAUUUCAUGGUAGGCCCUCAGACAUCAAAUAUAGUUUCACAUUUAGCUCUUUUGUUGCCAUGAUUUUGGCAGACAUGAACCCAAAAAACUUGUUCCCAUUCGGGAAGUGAUUACGUAGAGGUGAUUCUGAUAAUAUAUACAGACGGUCAGAGCAAAUCUUUUUAUAUGUAUAGAUAAAAUGGACUAGGUGGUUGGUAUGUAUAAUGUCAGCUUCAGUAAUGCUUAGAAUAUUUCCGUGGCGUUGCGUCGCAGUCAGCGCCGCUGAAGCGGGGAUUUUUUUGAACUAAAUCAGUUUAUUAUUUAAAAAUACAAACACAACAGCAGACAAGCGAAGGGACGCUGUGAAGGUAACAUUGUAUGUUUUUGUAUUGUGUAAAUAUUUUGGAUUUAUUAAGAUUAUUAUAUUGAAUAAAAAAAUAUUGUAAAUGGA